AUGAGGAACGAUAAAUCCUUGAAACGAGGAGAAUCUGACUAUUGCAUGGCUGGUGAUAUUUCUGUAUACAAUAGGAAAGAUCGAGGUGCCAAACCAGUCCUACUUGCUAGCAACUUUCACGAUCCAAGGGAAGAAACAACUGUUCUUAGAACAAAUGUCCAAGGGAAUCGUGAAAAACACAUGUCUGACUUACCAUUUGAGUUAGUCGAUAUCACGGAAGGUGAAUUAUACGCCCCAAUCGAAAACAUUUAUCCAGAAAUGGAACAAAGCCGUAUAAACGCUGAAGAAAUUCCAUCUGACUUUGAAUCGUAAGCCAGUAACAGAGACGAUCAAGAAAGUGAUACAGAAACUACUAUUGGAAGCAACGUGUUGAUCAAGUAGUGACUCUGAAGAUGAUCUUGUCAACUAUCGGUAGAAGACUGCAACUAGCUGCAUCUGCUUCACCAGUUGGAAGAAAAUCUCCAGUUUGGUCUAAUGUGGAAACACCGCCACCACCUCCAGACUUUAGUGCAUAUUCUGGUCUAGUAGAUUGUGUGACAAAUAUGAUAGAUCCAAUACCAUACAAAUUGUUUCAAUUAUUUUUUCUGAGUGUCUGAGUCUGAGUUUCAUAGAAAGUAUUGUUUUUGAAGCAAACCUCU